AUGAGUGAAGAGCUAGAAGCUAUGGAGGUUAACAGAACGUGGACUAUUGAAAGCUUGCCUCCGGGUAAGAAUGUCGUGGGUUGCAAGUGGGUCUAUACGAUCAAGUAUAAACAAUGUGUUAAACUCUUGCUUGGUCUUGCGGCUAUCAAAGGAUGGAGUUUAACGCAGAUGGAUGUCUCUAACGCUUUUCUUCAUAGUGAUUUGGAUGAAGAGAUCUACAUGUCUCUGCCUCAGGGAUAUACACCAGCUCCGGGAGAAGUCCUUCCCCCUAAUCCUGUCUGCCGACUACAUAAGUCCUUAUACGGCUUGAAGCAAGCAAGCUUCAAGGCAGUGCAAUCUGGUAACAAGUUUACUGCUAUCUUGGUCUACGUCGAUGAUAUGAUUGCCAGCAACAAUGAUGAUGAUGUUGAUCUGCUCAAGACGUUUCUGCAAUCAACUUCAGCAGGAAUCUCGGUUUGCCAGAGGAACUAUGCUCUGAAUCUUCUCUCUGACACUGGUCUUAUGGCUGGUAAACCAUGUUCAGUUCCAAUGGAUCCCGUGGUCAAACUAAGCAAGGAGUCAGGCGUUCCUCUCGAUGAUCCGACUCCUUAUCGUGCCUUGAAUGGUCGUUUGCUUUAUUUGGCGAUCACUCGGCCUGACAUUACCUUUGUGGUACAUUGUCUCAGUCAGUUUAUACACACACCAACUGAUGUUCAUCUCACGGCUGCUCGUCGGAUCCUCCGCUACAUCAAAAAUGACCCAGGCCAGAGAUUGUUCUAUUCUGCUAAAUCGGCUCUCUGCCUCAACGCUUUCUUUGACUCUGACUAUUCCACUUGCCCUGACACACGAAGAUCUAUUACUGGCUACUGUGUCUAUCUUGGCAGUUCUCUUAUUACGUGGAAGUCAAAGAAACAGGAUAUCGUGAGCCGCAACAGUACAAAAGCAGAAUAUCGGAGCAUGGCACAUACCACUUGUGAGCUUCUUUGGCUUCACCAGCUUCUCACUGAUUUGAAGAUCACAGUAACUGCUAAGGCCGAACUCUUCUGUGAUAGUAAGUCGGCAAUCUACAUAGCGACAAAUCCCGUGUUCCAUGAACGGACGAAACAUAUCGAGGUUGAUUGUCACAUUAUCCGGGAUCAGGUGAAGAAUGGCUUCUUCACACUCAUGCAUGUUGGCACUACAAAUCAACACGCUAAUAUCUUGACAAAGCCUCUUCAGCCAGGGCCGUUUCAUUCUCUUCUUGUUUGCAUGUCCAUUUCAAGUCUGUUUUCUCCUUCUCGUUGUCCAAUCCCACAUGCUUGA